GGAGCUGUCGACUUGCCGCUCUCGACAAGAAGAAAUAAGCACAAGAGAGAAGCGAAGAGAAGAGAAGAGAGAACAGAACGAAAGGAAGGGAGGGCCCGGGAAGAUAAUAAAUGGAGGAGUCUCUUUGUCUCUCUGUUGUUUUGCCUUCUGAUAGGCGCGCCAAACACUGCAAACACGUUACUUAUCGUCAGUGUCGAUCAACAGAGACAUCGUCGCCAGGAGACAACCCAAUAUUAAUCGCAACAUGCUCUAUCGCCGGUGCCAUUGAGCAUCAGAGACCAGUGCCGUCAUGCAGUCGUCUCGUCCACCAGGCAAGGCUAGAGGGAUCGACUGGCCAACGCCCUCCAACUUGGCUGUUUUUGUCCGCAAUCUCAAGCUACUUCAGUUGGAUCAGUUGCCCGACUGGCCCGACAUCAGCGUACGCUCGCUGUCGCCAUCGCAGCAGAACCAGCGACAGCGAAUCCGAGGAGUCGAAUGGGGUCUAUAUCAUCUUUUCGCCAUAUGGAACCCUAAGGAGACACACAGCAAACUCCGACCUUUCUUUCCGCCUCUGGAGCCACUGCAGUCUUUGAAUCUGAGAGCGGCGCUGUUUCGCGCCCUAUCAGACGUGAAGAAAAAUGGCGAUCUUGGGAGGGAGGCCAUCUUACGAAAGACUAUGUUGGACGAUUGCAAGGGUGAGAAGUUCGAGGAAAUUCUCGCCGUAUUCUCUACCGCAGUCCUUCGCAAAGUCCUCGCUGCGAGAGCAGACCUGAUUGCGAACCCCGUCAUGAGACUGGCUACGGCAAAAGCAAUCGUGCCAGAUGAUUAUCAAACGAUGGUUCCCUUAAUUCUUGCUCAUCAGUGGUCCUUGAGUACUAUGUCAGAGAGCCAGACCCGGCUGCAGACUAAUUAUGAGAGGUUUACCAAUCUGCUAAAAGCAAAACGGGAUGAACUGGUGCAGCGGUCCGGGGAGAAGCCGAAGCCCCGGCGGAAACAAGGCGCAAAUUACGCAGAUCUGGCCAGGGAACUCAGGGAGAACUGGCUGGCUAACGAAGAAUGGGCAGACGCACUAUUAGAUGGUGGUUCGCAGAGUAGCACUGACAGAUUUCUAGAGCUCCCCUUCUCCGAGGCGUGGGCGCUGGCCAACAGAGGGACAGCAGACAAUCAGAUCCAUGUCCCAGCUGGGGAUCUUCUGGCUGAUCUUGAAUCCCGACUAUCGCGACAGCAAGCUCGACUGAGAAAGUGGCGUGAAUAUCGAGAUUCUAUCCAGACGCCCGAGGAUCAAGUGCGCAUCGCAAGCAAUGAUUGUUCUAAAGAAUCGCCCUUAGUAUUCAGGGAACAUCAAGCGUUGACUAUUGCGAGUAUCUCAAAGGCCAUGCGACAGCCAUCGGGCUCGACAACUCCGGGCACGGCCUGUCACUCCUUGCUCUCAUCGCUCAAUGACUCCCUAGCGAAGCUGAAGGGACGCGUAGAUCUACCCAAUCGCCCUGUGCCAAAGCGCAUACCCACACCGGAGGAGGAUUAUAGCGACAGCGCUUCCACAAUGCUAUCUCCGAUCUCUCUUGGAAACAAUAUCCCACUUCCGUCUCCCCGUAUUUCAAUCACAUCAACUGAACGUGAACGCGGUUCAGCAGGGCCCGUAGAGGGUAUCAACGAUGCAGCUCCGAUCGACAAGGAGCCUUCAGCUGCAAAGCACAUAUCUACCGAUACAAAUGUCGAAGACAAUUCAGGAGCAGGUACCCCAGAGCCAGAGCCGGAAUCUUACCCAGUGUCCGACAUGAAACCCAUCGCAGAAAACCAUUCGAACAUUACAACUCUUGUCGAACGAACACGAAAGUCGAUGUCACUUCUUCCGCCACCUAAUACCAGACCUCAGGCGGAACCUGCUCGUCGACCUCGUCCUUCUUAUCCAGUAAAUCAAUUUGAAACGCGCCGUAAGAAGUCUCGUUCUCCACCGCCGGAAAUCUCGCGAGCUUCCACUCCUCGCGAUGAACUGUUCGAUGAAGACGCCGAAUACUCCAGUGUCUUCAAGUCCCGGCCACGGAUCGCUACCAGCCCAAUCUUCUCGCCCAUGGUGCACGUGCAACCCAUUGAUGAUACUCUUGCAGAUCAUCCAGAUGAUGCAUCUGAUCUGAGCUACGGGGAGCUGGACAUGCAGAGCUCUCCCCUAGCGGCGAGGACUCGGUAUGCGUAGGAAGCGAGCAUAGGAGCAUCCUUUACUUUGCAUUUCUGUAUAAAAUGUCACUUACUGUACAUAAAUCACAUAUAAUCUUCAGCGGUAUCCAAAGUUAUUGAGAAAAUAGAGUCCCUUUAGUCGUGUAGAACUUCAUAUAUCAUGGAUAGGUAGAU